AUGGUGGGAACUAUGCUGCGGCAUCCCAAAGGACCAGAUAUUCUGGCUGAGAAUGAGACAUAUUAUUACAACGCCAAGACCCUCAUCCACAUCAACCACGAGCAGGACCCCAUUACCGUUCUGAAGGUUGUGUGUCUUUUGUCAACACGCAACAUUGCUGGCCCUGUGUUGUUGACCGUUGAUUGCGCGUGGCAUUGGUUGGGUAUAGCAAUAAGACUGUUGCAGCAAAUGGGUCUGCACCGCGAGGAAAUGUGUGUUGCUUUUGCCAGUCCAGGAAUUGCACGCAGGAUUGCAUGGUGCCUUUUUGUGCGUAUUCCUCGAGUCCAACUUGCUCUUACUAAUAACAUCAAGGUUCAAGAUAAGCUUUUGUCUGGUGCAUUUGGACGUCCUACAUGUAUCAAAGAAAAUGAGUUUGAUGUUCGACCCCUGACGGAAGAAGAUUUCGAGUCUCCCGGCAUUCAAUCCUUGAUUUUCAUCCAGCUAGCCAAGAUAGCUAGCAUUCUGGGUAGUAUAUUAGACCUCCGAUGGCGGUCUGCUAAAGAUGUGCAAACACAGCAUAUAGAUAUCCUCCGUUCACUGAAAGAUUGGAUCCGCAAUCUUCCAACAACUAUUCACAUUUUUGACCGCAAUGGUUUUCGAACAUAUCGACGGGAUGUUUUUGAAUUACACAUUGUGUAUUUUGCCACCAUCAUAUUAUACUUUGACAUAUUCAACGACCAAGACAUAACAUCUGUCCCGAACAUUGUAUCUCUGGUCGCCUCUUCAUGUAUUACCCGCUUAUACCAUGAGAUUGACUGCAGGGACGACCUCAGUUAUCUUCUUGGUAUACAAAAUUGGUUUUUGAUAGUAGCUGCAAUGCCGCAGCUUCUAUACAAUGCCGCUGAAUCCUCACUGGAAUCGGAUAGCUACUGUUCAGAAGAGCUUGACAUUCUUGUGUCGUCCUUGGAGCAGUUUCAACCAAGAAUUCCCGGGUCAACGGUGGUAUUGAACGCAAUCAACAGACUCCGAACUUCACGCAAUAGUGGUCGAGUCCGAAAUACGACAACAACCAGUGAAUCGCGAGAAAAGGUCAUGCUCGGGGAAGGGUAUGAUAUUUUCAGCUUCCGCGACUUGUUUCCAUUUCCGAAUUCACUGUCACCAAGACUUGCGCUGUGGGAAUUUUAUGCUGGGGACAUAUUUCAAGGCCUGGAAGCUCCCAUGACUGCGCCCGAGGACCCUGGCUGGAUCUCUGGAGAGUUCGCGGACCUUUCUCGAUUUGCGUUUGGCGGUCUACCACAAGCUUUUUCUUAA